AUGUUCUCGCGCUUUUCGCCCAGGAUCGCCCGCCGCGCCGCGGGCGCUGUCCUCGGCGCGGGCGGAUGCGUGUGCGCGCAUGCCGAGGAGGCCUCCGCUUCCAAGCGCAGGAAGCCGCGAGCUGCCAGCGGCGGCGUCAGCGGCGAGUUCACGGAGCAGCCGCGAGUUGUGCGCUCGCUCUUCGACCAUUCCUUCUUUGGCAAAGAGGUCGAUGUUCUCGGCGUUCCGGUUCGGGCGCACGCGUCUGUCUCGGACGCCGCGGUCGUUGUCGCGGCCGACCGGCUCUCGCGGAUGCUUCGGCACAUGCCGACCGCCGUGCGCGAUCGCCUCGCGCGGAGAGGCGCCUCGUUCCACGUCAUCGGAAUCGGGCAGGGGACGAGCGAUCUUCCCGAGCACCGGCACAUGAAGGGCGUGGACGGCGGCUAUACGGGCGAGAGGGGCGUCACGCUCGACCAGCGGACGCGCGGGAUGGGCGGGGUACAGUCUUCGUGCGGCGAGGAGAACCUGAUCGACCUCGACUCGGACCCGCGGUACAAGGGGUGCGACAUCCUCACCCACGAGUUUGCCCACUGCAUCAUGGACGUCGGCUUGCCCCCCGCGCUGCAACUCGCCAUCCGAGAGACGUUUGACACCGCGGUCUGCGCGCACGGCCGGUGGACGCGACCUGACGGCUCUCGCGCCUACGCGGGCUCGAACGCGUCUGAGUACUUCGCAGAGCUGACGAUGUGGUACUUUGGCACCCACGGCGAGUUUGUCGACCGCGCGAGCUGCACGCCCCCACCCGGACCGGGCGAGACGUACGGCACGGUGCCCGCCGAGGGGACGCUGCUCCAGCAAACCUUCCCCAGCCACGUCUGGCUGCUCGAGCGCUCCACCGCCCCUUCGACCCGGCCGCAGCCAGCCAAGCAGCGGCUGCACUACGCUGCACCCCGCGACAAGGUGAAGGUCUGCCUCGCGACCGUGACGGACGACGCCGGUUGCCGUGUCCACUUCGCCGACCGGGGACGCGCCUCGCCAGACCCGGAGCUGGGCCGGCCGCCGUCCACGCCCAACGGCACCGUGCCCUCUCGGCAGCCCUAA